UGUGUUGCAACAAGCCACCGCACAUACCGCACGCGCGCUCAGCGAGGCAUCGCAUCUCAACAGCGCGCAAACGCGCCGAGGCCUGCCCUCAAAAACAGCAGGCCAAAAAGCACCAACUUUAAAGUCCGCGAAAGGGCCCAAGGGCAGCCCAAAACGCAGGACGUCGCGAGGAUGAGUGCGUCGCGCAACGAGAAGUACGCGCUCAAGCACGCCUCGCCGUCGCGCGUCGAAAGCGUCAGGCGGGCGCUCGACGAAGCCGAAGAUAAAGCGGGCGUGAGGCUGCGGCAGGCCACGGAGACGCUGACGAUCGCGGCCUCGGCGCUCCUGGGCCUCGUGUGGGUCUCCAUCGUGGCGCUCUUUGGGCUCAAGCUCAAGACCGCGUACGACAUAGAAACGUUCUGGGUCGCGGUGCCGCUCGUCUGCGUCGCCGUCGCGGUCUGGUUUGCCCUCGUCUUCGUCGACGUCUUCGGCCCCGCCUGGCUGGACGCGAGCGCGGCGCGCGGCGUGGCGCCCGAAGACGACUCCGACGCGCGGCGCGCGUGGCGCGCGGAGGCGCCGACGCCCGCGCGCCUCGUGGAGGCCAUCGCGUUCGCGGAGCUGCCCUACUGGGCGCCCUGGUUCGACGGCCCUACUGAGUGCCCUGGUUCGUGGAGGCGCGACGUCGCGGCGCUGCGCCGUCGGGCGGCCCAGGAAGACGCCUCCGAGCUCGGGCCAGAAACAAGGAACUACCGGUCGCUGGGCGAGCGCGUCCUGAUGCUUCCGACGGGCGAGUCCGUCCGCGACGUCCUGCGGAGGUGCUUCCUCGGCGGCCUCCUCGGGCCCGACGCGGAGCUGCUGCUGCACCUGGAGGGCGCGCGCGCCGGCCUCUUUGCGUCUCGGGAGACGCGGACCUUGGUCGCGUUCUUCCGCGGCACCAAAGACGGCGUCGACGCGAUGGACGACCUCGCGGCAAUCCGGCUCGGGCCGGCGCCCGGCGGGGCGGGCGCCGGCGCCGUCGGCCGAGGCUUCGCGGCCAGGGCCACGCGCGACGGCGCGCUGGCCCGCAUCGUCGCGGCGGCGAGGAACUUCGUCGAGGCGCACGGCGAGGCGGACGUCUACGCGAUCGGCCACUCGCUCGGCGCGGCGGUCGCGAGCGUCGUCGCCGCUGCGCUCGCGGCCGAGCUGCCGGCGGCGCGCGUGACUAACGCGACGUUCGGGAGCCCGCGCGUCGGCGACCUCGCGUUCGCGCGACACUGCGCGUCGCUUGCGAACCUCCGCGUCUGGCGCGUGCAGAACGAGCUGGACCCCGUGACGAGGCUCGCGUGGUGGUUCCCGCGACCCGCGCGCUACCGGCACCUCGCGGGCCACUACGUGCUUCUGGAGCGGGGCCUCGGCUGGUGCUUCCCGCCUGGCGCGCUCGCGCCCUUCGUCGCCGCGAAGACCACCGGCUUGCUUAACUGGCCGGGCAUCGUCAUCCAGCUCGUCGGCCGGUGGCGCGUCGACGGCCGCUUCCACAUGACGGGCCACCGCCACGGCUACACGGCCGCGCUGCGCCGCUGCGUCGGCUGGUGCGACGAGACGGACUGGUCCUGGAACGGCUUCGACUACUGGUGCAACAUCUGUGCCCUCUGCGUCGUGGCCAACGCCGUCAUCUUCCUGCUCGUCGGCGGCGUGUACGCCUACUCCGGGCCGGGCUGGGACGACGCGUGCGUGCGGGGCCGCCGGGCGCGGCACGUCGUCGAAAUCCUCGGGACCAUCAACUGCCUCUGCUUGGCGUUCAUGCUCGUCUCGCUGGGCAUGGCCAAGCUGGUGAGCCGCGACCACGUCGUCCGCGCGGGCCUCACGACGGGCCGCGUGCUCGCGCCCGCGCCGACGCCCGCGCCCAACACGGCGUCGCCGCGCCUCGUCGAAGGCGCCGCGGCGUCGGAGGAGUCCGACGAAGCAGCAAACUGCUUAUUGAGUUAGGCCCUCAAUAACAUCGCUGCCUGGUUUCCCCCCCCAUCUGUGCCGCUUUUGUGCUGGCCAACUCUACAGAUAACAAGAAAACAAC